AGUAACUUCGGGUUUUGUAGAGGUGAAAAUGGCGGGCAGGGCACCCGUUUCAGCUGGCGGUCGUCUGUUUGAGAGCUUUCGCAAAUGGUAUUACAAUGCACAAGGAUUCAAUAAAUACGGAUUAAGGCGCGAUGAUAUACUACAUGAAACUGAUGUUGUCAAAGAAGCAAUAAAGAGACUUCCGGAAGAUGAAUAUUAUGAAAGAAUAUUUCGCAUCAAGAGAGCAGCCCAGUUGAGUCUGACACAUGAGAUCCUUCCUAAAGAUCAGUGGACAAAAUAUGAAGAGGAUAAGCCUUAUCUAUGGCCACAUGUGGAGGAAGUUAUGCGUGAAAGACAUGAAAAAAAAGAAUUCAGAGAUAAAUAAUUUUCUGUCCUUUAAGCAAAUGUUUUCUUUAGAAUGUAAUUUGGGCAAAGAUUUUGAAUACUUUGAAUGCUGAGCAAGAAUUCUUUGCUUAAUUAUCCGGUUCAAAUAAACGUUACCAAAUCUUUUUGGAAUCCUGUUUCCUAAGGUGCAAAGAACUACUAGUUACAGCCACAUUACAUAUUGACAUGAUGAUCGGCAAACUUCAUUCCAGUUGUUUGAGUAAUUCUUUUUGUCAUAAUACAGAUGUUUCCUGCAGUUGGGAGAAUAGAUAAGCAACUAUCCCUUUCUGUUUGUUUCUGCUAUUCUAACUCUUUUUUUAAAAAGGUAUUCAUGUGCAUAAUAACUGUAUAUCUGUACAUAGAGAUGGAAAUAGAGGCAUAAAAAUUAUGUCAGUGAUGCAAAAUCAGGAUCACAUAGUUUCCAUCAUAUUUUCCCAGAAAGAUGGAAUGUUCUAUUGAUAUGUUUUUGAAAUCUCUAGUUCCUGCCAAAUUUCAAAUCCAAUCAUAUGACAUAAUCUGAAUUACUCAUUUGAUGAAUUUACUAAAUAGUUGAAUGUAACUUCAGUCUUGACAGAUUACUUGAACAUGGGUUCAUUUUGCAUAAAGAUCCCAUUAAACUCAGUCCAUGUUGGCACUGAAAAAUUUCAAAAUUUGUUUAUUAAAGUUGAAACUCUACUGUAUUGUAUAAUAGAUUGGUCUCUCACUGAUAGUAAGUUAUUUGCAUUGGGGUAAACUCUAAACAUGAAUGAAAAUAUUUAUUUUCUCUUCAGAUUCCUUGUAAAUGGGAGAAAAAUAGAAAUGUGUUUCCCCACUUUUUCUAAUGCCUACAUUAUGAUUAGCAAACUCCGAUGGAAUUUGGCAUUUACAUAUCUGUUGAACAUUCCUUCAACUGACGCAAUAAAAAUUGUCAAAGUAGAAGUGCAAAUUAAGUACGUGCUCCUGGUUAAGUAUGAAUUUAUUAUGCAAAAAAGCAAUUUCAGAUACUCCUUUUAUUUUUUUAAAUAGAGUAACUAAUUCUGUCAAAUUAGGGCCUACUUCUACAGUAAAUAGGAUAUAGAUUUUCAUCCAGUGGAUAUAGAGAAUCAAUCUCUGAACUACAAAACAGCUUGUUUACAAGUGGGAAUUAGGUAUUGCAAUAAGCUUCCAAAGGUUACCUAGGUUAUGAAAUCAUAUUUAUUUUCUGGAGAAAUAUAUGAUACUGCUUAGCUAUAAAAAUUAAGUAUUGUUAUAAAUUGGAUUUUAUUUGUGUAAGUAAAGGAUUUGCUUGUUAAUGUGUUGUAUUGGUAACUCAACAUAGCUUUAGUAAUUGACUGGAAUUUAAUAAUUAUGAAAUGUAAUAAUUAUUGACCAGAAGUUUCAAAGUUAUUGUUGCUUCAGAUAUUUAUUCAGUUCUAUUACAUCUACUUUAGUAUAGGUUUUACUGCACUAUAACCACUUAUGCAGUGAGUUUCUUGGCAAGAAAAGGGAGGAAAAAAAUUGUUAAAUGAUGUCCGUGGGAAAGUAAAUCCAGAGAAUAUCGGUGUUACUGAUUU